CCCAGAGGCCCCGCCCCAACCCCCCCACUCCUGGCUCCCUGUCCUUACACCAGCCUCAGUUUCCAGUCACCAGUGUCGGCCGGGUUGCCGGGGAGCCACAGGGUUCGGCCGAGGCGCAGCAGUUCCAUCCCGUUCCCGCGGGCCACCGGCACAUCAGGAACAUGGCCGGGAGGAAAAUAAACGAAGCGAAGGAAUUUCUGCGGAACAUAGAACAGACCUACAAACUCUUCCAGCAGCAGCAGUUCACUUUCGUCAUGGCCUUGGAGCACACCCGAGAGAAUGCCCACGACAAGAUCAGGCCUGUUUCAAGCAUUGGGCAGGUGCAGAAUUACAUGGACCACCACUGUAACAACAGCACUGACCAGCGGGUCCUGCUCAUGUUCCUGGACAUCUGCACAGAGAUGAACAAGUUGUGCCAGCAGUUUGAAACCCUGCAUCCCGGCACCGCGACCACCAACUCCAUCCUCGAGAAAUGCAAAGCCCUCGUCAGCCACGGCAACGACCUGAGCACGCUCAGGGCUAAGUAUCCCCACGAUGUGGUGAACCACCUGAGCUGUGACGAGGCUAGGAACCACUACGGCGGUGUGGUGAGCCUUAUCCCGGUCGUGCUGGAUUUGAUGAAAGAGUGGAUCGCCCAGACAGAGAAGCUCCCUCGUAAAGCCUUGCAGCAGCAGCAAGUGAGUGCCACGCAGACUGAUUUCCUGAACAUUGAGGAAGGCAGAGACCACCGUACUUACCAGACCACUGCCACCCAAACCUCAUUUAAGUGCAAGACAAACAGGGUCACUAAACAGGACGAUGCCACACCCAGAGGGCCAGACCUAAGGAGAAAUUCCAAGCCUCCCUGGAGACCUCCUGGUGACUUAGCUACUGUCUCUUGCUUCAAGGAAAACAGUUGAGAAUAAAAUGCUCCACUACCUUUC